AUGGACAAUGGCUUUGUUAGAGUUCACCUUCCAGUAUGUAGCUCAAAAGUCGGUCAAGGGUCAAGCUUUGGUCGAUUUUCUGGCUCACCACCCGGCUCAAGGAUAGGAGGAGGAGAUGGAAGUCGAAAUCGGCAUGGCCUGCAUGGAAAAGAACUACUGGACCAUGCCGAGUAUGAGGCACUCAUCAUCGGCCUCGAAAUUCUGAAGGAAAUGAAGGCAACUCGCGUUUUGGUUUACGGCGAUUCUCAGUUGGUGAUCAACCAGCUAACUGGGGAAUAUCAAUGCACGAGCGAGAAUCUGACUACGUAUUGCGUGAUGGCCCACAACACGGCCGACAAGUUUUCUAGAAUUUCUUUCAUCCAUGUGGCGUCGGGUGUGAACAUUCCUGACGGCGACCACGACCGCGUAAUAAAAAUUGAGAGAUGCAACCUGCUGGCUUUGGCUGAACGAGGAAUGAUGGCGCAAGUAUCCUCGGCCGAAAUCACCAACGAAGUUAAAACGGCCGAGGCAGACUAG